AGCAAAGCUCUUCGCUUUUAUACUCAAAACCUUUAUAUCAGUUGUGCUUUUCCUCCUGGAAGAAACGUUAUAGCAGGCUUGUCUGCUAUUGAAAGUUUGCUCGCAGGAAAAGUGGUAAUGAGAUACAAAGGUAUGUCUUCCUAGAUCAGGGAUUCAAAUUGCAUCUGGCUCAGGAGUUAUGUGGCCUCAUGAUUUAAAUGCUUAUUCAUAAUGACUGGUGUGUGGGAACGGAGGGGGCAGAGAACAGGUGUUCCCAUCCCCUUCUGCAGCAGUUGGUUUCAAUCUCGCUCUUGUGCAGGCGUGUACCUUAGUAGAGAGGUUAACUGCAGUUGUCUUGGUCGCUUCGGUUUACUCUGGUGUGAUCUUUCUAGGGCCAUUCUGACCUGCUUGCUCUCUCGUAUGAAACCAGAGAGCUUCAGUGUCUGGGGCUGCUAGAUUGCUGCUUCAGGCUAAACUCAUUUAUAUGUUUGUGCGGGAGUUUUUUUUAGGAGUCUGCACAAACGUUUUUGCAGAUGGGAAACCUGAGCUUGAGAAAUGGAAUCACCUUGGCUGUAAUUAUCCUGUGUCAGGCUGGAGCUCUGCCUGUAGGCCACACUGUCUCCAAAAUCUCUGCCUCAAAACCAGCUUAAAUGGAAACAAGGGUCAAAAAAGCAGGCAGCUGUUGCAUUUAUAGCCUGUACACGAUGCAAGCACUGCAGUUGUCUUCACUCACCACACUGGAGUGCGUUGUGUGGAAGCUACAGUACCCAACCUGUAACACUUCAGAAGAUCUCUGGGUAUUUUGGGGCCAUUAUUGCCUACAAACAUCUUCUUUUUGUACGGGUUGGCAGAGGUGGCAGUCUCUGUACUCUUCUGAUUUAAAUGUGACCCACAGGCUUUUGACAGCCCAUGCUGUCAAAAGGACAGUGAAAUGCUGGAUGUCCAACAGUGGAAUAGUGCCAUUGCUAGCAACUCAGUGUGUAGUCAGCUAUGGAGGGAACUGGUCUUUCUUGCUCAGAGUUUGCAACUCUUGAAAACCAGCAUAGCUUCAGCAAGUCGGGUUGGUCUGUUGCCUUUCAGGCAGAGAAAAUAAAGCUGGAUUCAGAACUGAUCUAAGUUCAGACAUGAAAAGGUGUUUUCCUUGGCCCACCUAGCAGAAAUCAAGUGAAAUGCCAAAGUUAGAUGUUUGAAGUCUAAGAAAAUGCUGCCUGGGCUGUGGGCUCAGAGCUGGUUUUCAGAUGCGCGAUGCUCCUGCUGUGCUUAUUCGUGUAAUUGUUACUCAUAAACAGCAAUUCUGGCUGUCCUGAUUGUUGAUUUAGGAUGAAAACUGCUUGCAGGUUGGUUUGUUCAGUUGCAGCUCCCCCCUUCUGGAAGGUUGUGCUGUGAAGACUGACACACCGAUGUACCAAGCACAUUAAAUGACAGCUGGUUUUGUUUUGUUUUAUUUUUUUUUCCUUUUCCCCUGUUGCCUAGAUAAAACUGUAAUAUUGUAGAGAACUGUUUAUUGCUGGAAGACAGCUUCAUUUGUGACCCACCAGAGCAGCAGCCUGACGUGUGAAGCUUUUUACUGCAUUCUAAUUACUCAUUACAUUUUAUGAUGUGCCUGGAAAAACAGUUUACUAAUGUUCUUUAUUAAAAAAAAGAAAAGGAUUUAUGGGGUGCUGGUGCCCAAGCCAGAAGAAAUAAACUCCUCUAUGAAAUUAUCAAUCACUUUAGAUUGACUUUUUUUUUUCUGUCUUGAGGAAAGAUGGCCACAGCUGUAUGAAAUAUAUUGGCUGGCUUUCUCUUCAUCACAUGAGAAAGUUCUGGUUGUUGUAAUCACUUUACUGAUCCUAAUUUUAAUUCCUCACAAGUGAAGUGUGUAUCAUCUGGGAAAACUUCCUUCACCUGCUUGCUUUUAGUAACCCACUUUGUUGUUUUGCAAGGUGCUGUUGAAUCGAGGAAGCUGGAAUUAUUUCUUUGCCAUUUAGAGACUUUAAAACUGGCUUAUUUACAGCAUUAGUUUUAGGACUAGAAAAACUGUGCCGGAAGACUGGAUUUGUUACCUAGGAGAAAGCAGUGAAAGCAGGUCAUUCCUGGAGCAGCAAAAGUGGUAAAACUCAGCUUGGCUGUGGUAUAGAUGUUGGCCUGGGGCUUACCGUGAACUUCUGUGAAACUCUACAGGCGUCUGUAGCUCUAUUCCAUGUGGACUCUUGGUUUCUAGUGAAGAAUGAGCCCAUGAUGCUGUUUUUCCCUUAGUUGGGGCUACUUGCAAGCAGGGGAUGGGGCCCUGGUUGAUAAAAAAAAAGUAUGUUUUUGUGAUGGUUGUUCUCCUGUCAAGUUGAUUGGAAAGGAGCGAGAUUGCCAUAUGGUCUGUCUGGUCUUAGUGAUGCUUAUGAGUAGUAGCUCUGGAACAUCCCAAAGUCUUGCUACAUCCAUGUUGAGAGCACUUAGCAGAAUCCUGAACAGCAGCAGAGACAUCCUGAGCCUUCAGAGAGGUAGCUUUGAAGAUGACAGCUGUUAGUUUGAAGAAUGUGGGGCAUAUUCUGAUUUUUACUGUGAAUGCUUAAAAACUGCUUUGAAGUUAUAUCUAUGUUUAUGGGCUGAACUGUUCAGCUUUCUGACUAAAAUUUUACUUUAUUCACUUGGCAAUUAAAUGAGAUGAUCAUCCGAUUCCAUUCUGAAUGAAAAGAGGGGAAGACAAUGUUCAAACAGUCCAUUUUUUUUUUUUCUUAUGGCACUUAACUUAUCUCUUAGCCUUUUUUACAAGCAAUGCCACAGUAAAUUCUGAUGCCUCUUAGCUAUCUCUCAUUUUUGGAGACCAGCCACACAUAAAUGGUCACAUUUCUAUCUCCCACUACAUAUAUAAUUAAAUCUGGCCCUGCAAUGGAAGAGAGAGAGAUUGAGAAAGCUCCUGGGCAGGAGCAGAGGCUGAUUAAUACGGAUUAUUAGAGAUUGCUGAUUGAAAGGCUGCAGCUGUGAUUGCCAUAGCAGGGAAAAGGGAGCAAGGCCUCAUUGCUUCUAGUGGUGUCUGCCAGGUCUUCAGUUUAUUCUAAAAAAGAUGUUUUCUGUGUGCUAUCCUGCACUCCAAAAUCAGCCCCUACACCCAUUUGUGGUUCUUUAAGGGGGCAUUUCUUCCACCAUCCCUGACAGAUAUCAGCCUUGACUCUUACCAUACCAGUUCAUACCUUGAAGAUGAGCUGGCAACUGCAAUGUCAGUGGAUUGCCUGGGACAGCGUGCAGUACUCUCGGGCCGCCGUUUCCUCUACAUUGUCAACCUGGAUGCACCAAAUGAGGGCCAUCGAAAGAUCUCCCGACAGAGCAAGUGGGACAUUGGGGCAGUGCAAUGGAACCCACAUGACAGCUACGCGUACUACUUUGCAGCUUCGAGCAAUCAGCGAGUUGACCUGUAUAAGUGGAAGGAAGGUAAUGGUGAAGUUUGCACAUCACUGCAAGGACACACACGUGUGAUCAGCGACUUGGACUGGGCCGUGUUUGAGCCAGACCUGCUGGUCACCAGUUCUGUGGACACAUACAUCUACAUCUGGGACAUCAAAGACACCAGGAAACCUACAGUCUCGCUCUCUGCAGUCGCUGGAGCUUCCCAGGUGAAAUGGAACAAGAAAAAUGCCAACUGUUUAGCAACAAGCCAUGAUGGGGAUGUCCGAAUAUGGGACAAAAGGAAACCCAGCACUGCAGUGGAGUACUUGGCAGCUCAUCUCUCUAAAAUCCAUGGCCUGGAUUGGCAUCCUGACAACGAGUACACAUUGGCCACUUCCAGCCAGGACAACUCUGUCAGGUUCUGGGAUUACCGUCAGCCUCGGAAGUACCUCAAUAUCCUUCCCUGCCAGGUUCCUGUCUGGAAGGCAAGAUACACGCCUUUCAGCAAUGGGCUGGUGACAGUGAUGGUCCCCCAGCUCCGUCGGGAGAACAGCCUCCUUCUCUGGAAUGUCUUUGACUUGAACACGCCUGUCCACACUUUUGUGGGACAUGAUGACGUUGUGCUGGAGUUUCAGUGGAGGAAGCAGAAAGAAGGUUCUAAAGACUACCAGCUGGUUACGUGGUCCCGUGAUCAGACUCUGCGGAUGUGGCGGAUUGACUCUCAGCUGCAGAGGCUGUGCGCUAACGAUAUCCUGGAUGGAGUUGAGGACCUCAUCGAUGGGAUUUCUCAUCUGCCAGAGCCAGACAAGACCCUUCACCCCCAGGACUCUGAGCCCCAGCAUAACUCUGGACAUGGGGAUGAGGAAGCCUUAAAAGAAGAUUUUCUGAAUGACCCCCUGGUGGGAAAGAAAACGGACCAGCUGGGGCUGCCUCAAACACUGCAGCAGGAGUUUUCUCUGAUCAACGUGCAGAUCCGAAAUGUCAACGUGGAGAUGGAUGCAGUGAGUCGCAGCUGUACGGUGUCGGUGCACUGCGGCAACCACAGAGUCAGGAUGCUGGUGAUGUUCCCUGUCCAGUAUCCCAAUAAUGCUGCACCGUCCUUCCAGUUCAUCAACCCGACCUCAAUCACCGCCUCCAUGAAGGCAAAGCUGCUGAAGAUACUGAAAGACACUUCUCUGCAGAAAGUGAAGCGGAACCAGAGCUGCCUGGAGCCUUGCCUGCGUCAGCUGGUCUCCUGGCUGGAGUCUGUUGUGAACCAAGAGGACAGCACAUCCAGCAAUCCCUACGCUUUGUCCAACUCGGUAACACCCCCCUUGCCCACGUUCGCCCGGGUCUCCAAUGCCUAUGGCUCCUACCAGGACUCUAACAUCCCAUUUCCACGGACCUCUGGAGCCAGGUUCUGUGGUGCAGGGUACCUGGUGUACUUCACAAGACCCAUGACCAUGCACCGUGCAGUGUCCCCAACAGAGCCCACACCCCGGUCCCUGUCAGCCUUGUCAGCAUACCAUAGUGGCCUCAUUACUCCCAUGAAGAUCCGCACAGAGACUCCAGGCAAUCUGCGUUUGUACAGUGGGAGUCCGACACGCAGCGAGAAGGAGCAGGUCUCCAUUAGCUCCUUCUACUACAAAGAGAGGAUGUCUCCUCGCUCUGCUCGGCGACGUUGGUCCAUACAAGCAAUUAACGACUUCCCGAAAUCAAGGAGGUGGAAAAGCAAACGAGAGGGGACAGAUGCCAACAACCGACCCAUCAAAGCUGCCGGGAAAGUUAUUAUCCAAGAUAUUUCCUGCUUGCUGCCUGUCCACAAGCUGCUGGGAGAGCUCUACAUAUUGAAUGUGAAUAAUAUCCAGGAGACUUGCCAGAAGAAUGCUGCCUCGGCGUUGGCUGUGGGACGGAGGGAUCUUGUACAGGUUUGGUCACUGGCUAUGGUAGCCACUGAUCUCUGCCUUGGACCGAAGUCUGACCCAGAUUUGGAGAUACCUUGGGCACAACAUCCAUUUGGACGUCAAUUACUGGAGUCCUUGCUGGCUCAUUACUCACAGCUCCAUGAUGUGCAGACCCUGGCCAUGCUGUGCAGCGUGUUUGAAGCCCAAUCCAGGCUCCAGGGAUGCCCAAACUCCUACGGCCCCUUUCCUCAGCGUGCCUCCAACCUGGCCUCCCACAGCCGAUACCCAAGCUUUACUUCCUCUGGUUCCUGUUCCAGCAUGUCAGAUCCUGGACUUGGCACUGGAGGCUGGAGCAUAGCAAACAAAGACACGGAGCAGGCAUCCACUCCCUGGUGCGAGUCUUCUCCAGAUGACUUCCGCUAUGGAAACCUAAUGUAUCCCGAUCAUCGCGAACGUGAGAAAGACCAGCAUGAGAAAAACAAAAGGCUCCUGGAUCCUGCCAACACUCAGCAAUUCGAUGACUUCAAGAAGUGCUAUGGAGAAAUCCUUUAUCGCUGGGGCCUGCGAGAGAAGCGAGCUGAGGUUCUGAAGUUUGUGUCUUGUCCUCCUGAUCCUCACAAAGGGAUUGAGUUUGGCGUGUACUGCAGCCACUGCCGCAGCGAGGUGCGCGGCACCCAGUGUGCCAUCUGCAAGGGCUUCACCUUCCAGUGCGCUAUCUGCCACGUGGCAGUGCGAGGCUCCUCGAAUUUUUGCCUGACCUGUGGACACGGAGGCCACACCAGCCAUAUGAUGGAGUGGUUUCGCACCCAAGAGGUUUGCCCCACGGGCUGCGGAUGCCACUGCCUGCUCGAGAGCACCUUCUGAGCAGUGGUGGCAGCAGGGUGCACCUGAACUGGAUUUAAUAUUUAAUUCCCAAGCCAUUUGAGUUCUGCUCCACAGUGUCUGGAGGAGACGCCACAGGGAGCUGAAGCAGGAUGUCGUGGUGGUGCGCUGCGGUGACAUUUACAAGUGCUUCCAGUGUUCCUACACUUCCCAGGUCGCUUUCAGACCGAUUUGCCCAAACUCCCCAUGUCCAUUGCUGGCAAUGGAUGCCAGACCAGAAGAAUUGCUCUCACCUGCAGAAGAGUGUGUGAAUAUUGGCCAGUCUCCAUUGGGAUGAGGAGGUGUCAAAAAGCUCCUUUGGAAAGUGCUCCCCUGGCAGAGUCAAACUCACUCCAGUGACGCAGUGACUUGCCAGGUGCCUCCUGACAGGGGCUCAAAGUGAGCAAAACAGUAAUUUUGCACAGUUAAAGCAGAAAUAAUUUGCAAGCAACUAGAGGCGAACUGUAAACUGUGCUUGAAGAGCAAAUAGUCCAUGGGACUGUGCUCAAAGUUACUUUUGGAAGCAACAGGGUCCUUGUUUUGAACAGCUGUUUACAUCAUUUAGAUUAUCCCAUAAAGCAAAAGAGUGAAACCCUGUUCUUCAGGAUUACUUCCUAAAUAGCUUCCUGCUCCCUGGUCGGUACCUGUGCCUGGUGUGACAAGCCCAGCUGUGCGCCUGAGGUCACUGGGAUUAGUUCCUUUCUUCCAGCAGUUUUAGUACCAUUACUCUUAAGGUGUCUCCCUCUCCGGCUCUGACUGGGUGAUAUAAUGCACUUUAACAUGCCUGUCCCUGCCUUGUCGGCAACAAAUCCUGAUGACUGGGAAAGGCACCUGCCCUUGGAGUUUGGGAUCCACACGGUGUUUCCAUGGAUGGUGGCAUCUGAAGGUGUUUCAGAAAACCUUUGCUUCCUUACUGAGAAAACUUAAGGACGACACUUGCUCCAUGCCAGUUCCUUUGGCUGUUUUCUCCAGGCUCUUUGGAGGGAAUCAAUGAAUAAUUUGAGAUUUGCUGCUGAUGCACUUGAGUGAUCAGGCUCCUGAGCCAGGGAGGCAGCAAUUUCUAGGGGAAAAAGGGUUUUGGAAGGUUGGUGGGAUUCACAGAGGCAAAAGGUUUGUGCCUUUUCUCCCUGUGGAGUUUCAUUUGGAGAAUGUACUGGAUCAAUCAAUCUGUUUGGGGCUGUGCCUGCUGGGCGCUCCCAUCCCGGGGAUGCUGCUGUGUGGUUGUGUACACAGCUUGUGCCUCUCCUGAGCAGGCUUCAGCCUGAGCUUUGGUUUUGGGUAAACAUGUGGUCAGGGCUUAGCCUGCUGGUGUUACCCCAUGCCGGCACUGAUCCCUUCCUCUGCUCUUGCCUGCUGAGCAGGACCACGGGCCAGGCCGGCUCCUAACCUCUGCGCUAACUCAGGCUGCGCGAUCCUGCUGUGGGAUGAACAGAUGGUGUAUGUUAAACAUUAAAAUUAUUUUUUUAAGUGCUGUUCUGACAGAA